AUGGCGAGAGGCCUAAUUGCCGCCUCUCCGCACAUUAUUAAAUCAAACCCGAUUUUCACCUCAAUUUUUCGAGCCCGACUACUGGAAAAUUUCCCACUUCAACUUUGUUCUUCUCUUGUUCCUGCAAUUCUUCUCCAACGGUUUUCAUGGCCUCCCACCCGGUUUCUCUGUAGUUGCUCCUAUCAGCAGGACGCCGUCGCCGAAAUGACUCGAUACAAGGAAGCCUUUGCUCGUAGAAUGGACAUGGCUGGCCUUAAACCCCAUCACCGUCUCGCUAUCGGGGUCUCUGGUGGUCCUGACAGCAUGGCCCUUUGUAUAUUAGCUUCAAUGUGGAAGAAAGAUGGGCAUUGUGCUGUUGCUACGGAGGAAAGUGAUGAAUUCGUUGAUGGUCUGGUAGGAAUUGUAAUUGAUCAUGGACUGCGCCCUGAAAGUAAAGAUGAGGCAAACCUUGUUUGCAAUCGAGUUAGAAAUAUGGGAGUAAGAUGUGAGAUUGCUCCCUGUGAAUGGUCUGAGGGUAGGCCCAAGCCUGGUCACUUGCAAGAGGCUGCUCGUGAUAAGAGGUAUCAGCUUCUUCGAGAUAUUUGCAUCAAACAUAAGACUGGUGUAUUAUUGAUUGCACAUCAUGCUGAUGACCAGGCAGAAUUGUUCAUCCUAAGAUUAUCGCGCUCUAGUGGUGUGCUUGGACUUUCUGGCAUGGCAUUCGUUUCACAGUUGUACCCAACGCAUACAUAUCAUUCUAGUGAACUCUUAAGUUGGCCCGGAAUUUUGUUGGUUCGACCACUUCUUGAUUUUUCAAAAGAAGACAUGUACCAGAUUUGCCUAGGAGCCAAUCAAGAAUGGGUGGAAGAUCCAACGAAUCAAAGUUCAUUAUUUGCUCGUAAUAGGAUCAGGAUGGGUCUGAACAAUUUAUCAUCAUCUAUCUUCAGGGCUGAAUUACUUGCAGUUAUUUCUGCCUGUAGAAGAACAAGGGUGCAUGUUGACCAAGUCUGUACUAAGCUGAUAAAUGAAGCUGUAAAUAUUAUGCCUGAAGGCUAUGCAGUAAUCAAUGUUGGAAUUCUAGAUCCAGGCUAUGUUGAUGAUAUUAUUCUAUCGAAGUUCCUCACAUUGAUUUUGCAAUUCAUCUCGCAAAGACAUAAGCCAGUUCGGGGCAGUGCAUCAAAAUUGUUAAUGGACUACAUUCGUUCUUCCCCAUGCAAGACUUGUGUUACAGCAGCUGGUUGCUAUCUUUGUCCAUCUCCUGGUUCUAAAGGCUCCAAAGUCCUAGUUUGCUGUUCUGUGGAUUCCAGUGCCCUUUUGAAGAUGGAGGUGCUUCAAGCACUUUAUAAUGAUAUACAUCCCUCUAUUUCAACUGAAGUAGAGCAAAUAGUUGAGAAUGCCAAAUCUUCUUCGGAAAGUUUUAUAUCUGGCGAUACAGAUGAUCGUCUUUUAGGUUUAACAUCUUCUCAGUUUCGGGGUCGAAGUUUUUCCGAGUGCGUAAUAACCGAAGCCAAAAGGCUGGGCAUUCUCAGUAGCUCUACAUUUGAUACUAUUGUUUCUUUACAAAAUCAAGAAAGUGAAUAUUUUAAGCCUACAACCGAGGCCAUCUAUGAUCAUGGCUUAAAUGAUGAAGGGGAAUCGGUCAGAGUGAGUUCUCGAAGAAACAUUUAUCCAGGACAAGUUUGUUAUUUUAUGAAUCGAUUUCUGAUAAGGUGGAACCCUUGCAUAAAAAUUCCAAGUCUAUCUUCCUCCAGUGAGAAUGUAUCUGAAUACGUAAUAGGGAAACAGAAGCCUUGCACUUAUUGUAUAGUUGAUCAUAAUAAAGGCGCUGAGGUGCGUAGCAUGGUUGAUUCUGACUGGCUCUAUCUUGCACAUUUGUCAAAGAGUGAGAAUGAGGAAAGUUCUACUGAGCAUUUACUCUCAGAUGCAGCAAAACAGCAAGGAAAGCAGAAAAUAAAGCCAUGGUCAGAAUUUGUUAAGCUGUCAGCCAACAAAGCUCUUCUAAGUUUAAAGUCUAUCCCAGUUGCUGCUAGACGAAGCCUGCCUGUGCUGGUGGAUUCUCGAGGCCUAUUACUUAGCAUUCCGAGCGUGCACUUUCAGCAUUGCCCUUGUUUGGCUGUAUCUGCUGAAUUCAAGCCAAGAGUACCCAUUUGUGGAGGUCACAGUUCUUUUCUUUAG